AUGGCUAACGUCACGCUCCCGUCCCAUCCCAUGACAUACCCUGAACUCUUCGAUGUGGCCAAACAGGACCCUAGUCUCUCGUGGCCGGAGCAGCUGUGGUGGGCGCACUACGCCUUCUGGGACAAUGACAUCCUCGCGACGGGAGUAAUCACCUUCCUCGCGCACGAAGUCAUCUAUUUCGGCCGUUGCAUUCCCUGGAUCAUCGCCGACGCCAUGCCGAGCGUCUUCAAGCGCUUCAAGAUCCAAGAUCAAAAGGCGCCUCCGUCAGUUAGCGAUCAAUGGACUUGCGUCAAAUAUAUCCUCGCCAUCCACAUAAUCGUCGAGCUCCCGUUGAUCGUGCUGUUCCACCCGAUGAUGGAGCUGUGCGGCCUGCAAUGGACUCUGCCCUUUCCAAAGUUUUCGACACUCGCAGCACAAAUUGCCCUUUUCUUCGUUGUCGAAGACACGUAUCACUAUUGGUUGCACCGUGCGAUGCACUGGGGUCCGCUCUAUCGUGCCAUCCACCGCAUCCACCACCAGUACGCUGCGCCGUUCGGGCUGACAGCUGAAUAUGCGAGUCCGUGGGAGACAUUCUUCCUGGGGCUCGGAACGAUCUGCCCGCCUCUGAUUCUCGGAUACGUGACGGGAAAUGUGCACUUGAUAACCGUCUUGUCGUGGAUGGCGCUGCGCCAGGUCCAAGCCAUCGACGCGCACUCGGGAUAUGACUUCCCCUGGAGCCUGAGACGGAUCUUCCCAUUCUGGGGCGGCUCGGACUGGCACGAUGACCACCACCGAUACUUUUGGGGAAACUAUUCGAGCUCUUUCACGUACUGGGAUGUGUUGAUGGGAACUGUUGCAGGACCGAGAGGCAAGGCGAUGGGACACAAUCCACGGCGCUGA